AUGAAAUAUUUGCUUUCUUUCUUCAUUUACUGUUCCUUUUUCUUAAUCUAUUUUUUAAUUUGGAUCUUUCUGUCUGUCUUUAUUUCUUUGUUUUCUUCUUUCCAUUCAUCGUCUUUCUUUCUUUAUCUUCUUUAUUUCCUUUCAUCAUUUUAUCUUUUUUUCCUUCUUUCUCUUAUUUCCUUUCAUUAUUCUUUCUUUCUUUCUUUCUUUCUUUGCCUUCUUAUUUUCUUUCAUUAUUCUUUCUUUCUUUUUUCUUUCUUUCUUUGCCUUCUUAUUUUCUUUCAUUAUUCUUUCUUUCUUUUUUCUUUCUUUCUUUGCCUUCUUAUUUUCUUUCAUUAUUCUUUCUUUCUUUUUUCUUUCUUUCUUUGCCUUCUUAUUUUCUUUCAUUAUUCUUUCUUUCUUUCUUUGCCUUCUUAUUUUUUUUCAUUAUUCUUUCUUUUUUUCUUUCUUUCUUUGCCUUCUUAUUUCUUUUCAUUAUUCUUUCUUUCUUUCUUUCUUUCUUUGCCUUCUUAUUUCUUUUCAUUAUUCUUUCUUUCUUUUUUUCUUUUUUCUUUCUUUCGUUGCCUUCUUAUUUUCUUUCAUUAUUCUUUCUUUCUUUCUUUGCCUUCUUAUUUUUUUCAUUAUUCUUUCUUUUUUUCUUUCUUUCUUUGCCUUCUUAUUUCUUUUCAUUAUUCUUUCUUUCUUUCUUUCUUUCUUUCUUUCUUUCUUUCUUUCUUUCUUUGCCUUCUUAUUUCUUUUCAUUAUUCUUUCUUUCUUUCUUUCUUUUUUCUUUCUUUCGUUGCCUUCUUAUUUCCUUUCAUUAUUCUUUCUUUCUUUCUUUCUUUCUUUGCCUUCUUAUUUCUUUCUUUCUUUCUUUUUUCUUUCUUUCACAUAGAGAGUUGCACUGAAGUAUCUAUCUAUCUAUCUAUCUAUCUAUCUAUCUAUCUAUCUAUCUAUCUAUCAUCUAUCUAUCUAUCUAUCCCUAUCUAUCUAUCUAUCUAUCUAUCUAUCUAUCUAUCUAUCUAUCUAUCUAUCCUAUCCAUCUAUCUAUCUCCCAUCUAUCUAUCUAUCUAUCAUAUCUACCUAUUCUCAAUCUGUUCAUAUCUAUUUCACUCUAUUUCCAUCUUUUAUCUAUCUAUCUAUCUAUCUAUCUAUCUAUCUAUCUAUCUAUCUAUCUAUCUAUCUUUUCUCAACUCAUUUCAUAUCUAUCCUAUUCUCAAUCUGUUCAUAUCUACUCUGUUCCAUAUCUACCAUUUCAAUCUGUAUCUAUUUCAUCUAUCUAUCUAUAUCUAUCUAUCUAUCUAUCUAUCUAUCUAUCUAUCUAUCUAUCUAUCUGUUCCCAUCUAUAUCUCACUCUGUCCUAUCUAUCUAUCUAUCUAUCUAUCUAUCUAUCUAUCUAUCUAUCUAUCUAUCUCUACCUCCAUUCUCUGUUCAUAUCUAUUUCACUCUGUUCAUAUCUACCUAUUCUCAAUCUGUUCAUAUCUAUUUCACUCUGUUCCUAUCUAUCUAUCUAUCUAUCUAUCUAUCUAUCUAUCUAUCUAUCUAUCUAUCUUUUUCACUCUGUUCAUAUCUACCUAUUCUCAAUCUGUUCAUAUCUAUUUCACUCUGUUCCUAUCUAUCUAUCUAUCUAUCUAUCUAUCUAUCUAUCUAUCUAUCUAUCUAUCUAUCUAUCUAUCUCAAUCUGUUCCUAUCUAUUUCUAUCUAUCUAUCUAUCUAUCUAUCUAUCUAUCUAUCUAUCUAUCUAUCUCUAUUUCACUCUGUUCAUAUCUCUACCUAUUCUCAAUCUGUUCAUCUAUCUAUUUCACUCUCCAUUCCUAUUCUAUCUAUCUAUUCUAUCUAUCUAUCUAUCUAUCUAUCUAUCUAUAUCUAUCUAUCUAUCUUUUUCACUCUGUUCAUAUCUACCUAUUCUCAAUCUGUUCAUAUCUAUUUCACUCUGUUCCUAUCUAUCUAUCUAUCUAUCUAUCUAUCUAUCUAUCUAUCUAUCUAUCUAUCUAUCUAUCAUCUAUCUGUCCUAUUCAUCUAUCUAUCUAUCUAUCUAUCUAUCUAUCUAUCUAUCUAUCUAUCCAUCUGUCCCUAUCUAUCUAUCUAUCUAUCUAUCUAUCUAUCUAUCUAUCUAUCUAUCUAUCUCAUCCAUAUCCCUAUCUAUCUAUCUAUCUAUCUAUCUAUCUAUAUCUAUCUAUCUAUCUAUCUAUCUCAUCUUUUUCUCUGUCCCUAUCUAUCUAUCUAUCUAUCUAUCUAUCUAUCUAUCUAUCUAUCCAUAUCUAUCUCACUCUGUCCCUAUCUAUCUAUCUAUCAUAUCUAUCUAUCUAUCUAUCUAUCUAUCUAUCUAUCUAUCUAUCUAUCCAUCUGUCCCUAUCUAUCUAUCUAUCUAUCUAUCUAUCUAUCUAUCUAUCUAUCUUUUCAUCCAUCCAUCCACUCUGUUCAUAUCUACCUAUUCUCAAUCUGUUCAUAUCUAUUUCAUCUCUGUCUAUCUAUCUAUCUAUCUAUCUAUCUAUCUAUCUAUCUAUCUAUCUAUCUAUCUAUCUAAGGCUGAACAUGGUACAGUGCAUGAUCACAUUGGUGACUAGUUUAUUAGCCAACAUCAUGAUAAUUCUCCAUGAAUAUUUGCGAUGCUUAAUUAUCUGUGGGGCUACACUAGUGAGACCCCCAUUAAGGAUCGAAAUGAAUUCACUGAAAAAUGGAUUAAAUUUUAGUUCUAUCUAUCUAUCUAUCUAUCUAUCUAUCUAUCUAUCUAUCUAUCUAUCUAUCUAA